AUGAGAUACUUUGGAUGCUUAUUAUUACUUGCCACACUGGCUUUUGCAAAUUUUGAUUUAUUCAAGAGAGAUGAUUGUAAUAAAAUGAAUAUUGCCGCUUGCCGAGAUGCUAUCAGAAUUAAAGAAACCAAUUGUGACAUGUACGACAAUGACAGUGACUAUGAAUCAGACACGGAGCAAGAAUUCUAUGCCAAAAUACAAGAAGAUCGUUGUGAAUGUAGCUUGGAUGAUGAGUAUUAUGUUAAAUGGAGUCAAUGUGCUAAAGAGUGUGGUGCUAGAGUCGAGUUGCAGCCAGAGUUGCUCAAGAGUUCAGUUUGUUCAAAAGCUCUGAGGGUCCCACCCAAUUCACAAUUUGCCAAUUAUGUUUCGUCAAUGGAUCGAGUAGGAACACCGGCUUGGUCAAGGACAACUGAUCUGAGCUCACUGAGAAACGCAGACAGUAGUUCAUCACAAGUUGCAUCAUCCACUUCUGAUUCUGGUAGUAGCUCUGAAGAGUCAAGCGGUUCAGCUAAUUCAAGCUCUGCCGGUGAAUCAACUACAUCAAAUGGUUCCUCAACUAGUGCUGCAAGCAGAACUGAACCGGAAUCAACUACAGAGAGCUCCUCAGAUACCACAGACGAAUCGAGUACAGACGGUUCUUCUAGUAACGACUCUGCCACAACAGAAUCCACCACAACUUCUUCAGAGAGUUCAUCCACUAACUUUGCAGUUACAGCCGGUUGUGGCUCACUCCUUUCUUUGAUUUUGUUAUCGUUGUUGUGA